CUGAGGGGAGGGGCGGGGGGGUGUCGCGCCGCCGGGGACACUCCUGUCGCCUCCGCGGUCUGUGCGGCUCGGCCGGGAACAGGGCUGUGGGGUUGGCCGCCCCCAGCCGGGAGGAAGCAGCCCUGCCGUGGCGGCCCCGGGGGAUGCGGCGGCCCCCGGCGCGGGCCUCCCCGAUGGCGGCCAAGUGGUUUCGGGAGCUGCCGCUGAGCCUGCGGACGGCGUCGGAGCGCGCGCGGCCCGGGGGCGCGGCCGCCAAGCUGCGCAGGGGCGGCGAGGCGGGCGGCGCGGGGGCCCCGGCGGGCAAGGGCCGCAAGGACUCGGCGGCCGAGCUGGGGGGCGGCCGGGGCGCGGGCCCCCCCCGGGACGGCCUGCAGGGGCUGCUCCAGGCCGCCGGGGGCCGGGGCCGCAAGAACUCGCGCGCGGCGGCGGGCGGCGACGAGGAGGCGCCCCGGGGCGCGCGGAGCUCGGGCUGCAGCACUUACAUCAGCCGCCUCAUCAAGGUGGACGCGCAGGAGAAGGCGGUGCGGACCGCACACCCCACCGCGGCCUGCAGCUCGGGCUCCAGCUCCAGCUCUGCGUCCUCCGCGUCCUCUUCCCCGUCCUCCCUGGGCCCCGAGCUGGACAAGGGCAAGGGGAAGCCGGCGGACACGGUCAUAAUCUUAGAAGACUAUGCGGAUCCGUAUGAUGCCAGACGGACAAAAGGCCAAAGGGAUGCAGAGCGAGUGGGCGAGAAUGACGGGUACAUGGAGCCCUAUGAUGCCCAGCAGAUGAUAACAGAAAUCCGGCGGCGGGGUUCCAAAGACCCCCUGGUGAAGGCACUCCAGAUGCUUGACAGUCCCUGCGAGCCAGGGGAGAACAGCCUGAAACCAGAGACCCUGGCCAAGAGACGUGGUUCCAGGGACCUGCUGGCCAAGCCCCCACAGCUGUAUGACACCCCCUACGAGCCUGUGGAUGGGGGCCCCAGGGCUGAGGGCAAGGUGCGGCCCCCCGACUCCCACAGCCGGCUGCCCCAGGAUGAUGAGAGGCCGGCAGCUGAGUACGAGCAGCCCUGGGAGUGGAAGAAGGAACAGAUUGUGCGAGCACUGUCAGUCCAGUUUGAAGGCUCUGAGCGGCCCACCCUCAAGGAGGAGGCCGGGAGGCAGCACCAGCGGCAGAAGAGCUGGACCCCAAAGAUGCUAAAGCCAGCACCGUCUGACCACAGCGAGGCUGAGAAAGUGGACCCGGUGCUGCCCCUGGAGAAGCAGCCUUGGUACCAUGGCUCCAUCAGCCGUGUGGAAGCUGAGAGUCGACUUCAGCCCUGCAAGGAAGCUGCUUACCUGGUGAGGAACAGCGAGUCGGGCAACAGCCGGUACUCUAUUGCACUCAAGACCAGUCAAGGAUGCGUUCACAUCAUCGUGGCUCAGACCAAAGACAACAAGUACACGCUGGACCAGACAAGCGCAGUGUUCGACAGCAUCCCGGCCGUGGUCCACCACUACUCCACUGCCAAGCUGCCUUUCAAGGGUGCAGAGCACAUGACCCUGCUCUACCCCGUGCACUGCCGGCUACACUGAGCCCUUGUGGCCCCCAGACCUGAGCAAGGGUGCCACCCCCUGGCAGCCGUUAGGAAGUGAGACUCCUGAACUGACAUCGCAAUUUCCUUGGCCUCACAACCACUGGGCUGCCUGGGUACUGUCCUGCCUCCGUUCUCUGGAGCUGGAGAAAGUUCUCCAGGGUUCUCCCUGGGGAAGUGACCCUCAGGAUAAGCAAGCCAGGAGUUCAGAAAUGUUCACAUCCUUGGUAAUGUUUCAGGGAUACCCAGUCUACUGAUGAAACUCCAGCAACAGCAGCAAAAAACCCACUUGGCAUCAGAUGACAGAAAAAAAAGCAGUGAACACAUGUACCAGAAGAGCUUGCCCCUCUGGAUCCAGUCCUAGGGGAAAAAAAAGGACCAGUGGUGGAACAAAAGGGAACAGUGACCACCUUCUAGAAGGCCAGCUUCCUCCCUUCAGGUCCUGUUUCACUUCUGAUGCUCAUGAGAAUUUCACUUUGGAGUCUAGGCAAAGGAUUGAAGUUUGCAAUUUUUUUUGUUUUUUUUUUUUAAAUCUCUGUGGACUCAGUCAUCACUUCCUCAGCCUAUCAGGAACAGCAUAAAUGCAACAGAAGGCACCUCUUGAAUUAUAAAGUCCAAGACCCAUUUCAUUUCUGGUCCUUUUUUUUCCCCCCUUAAUCUGCAAUUUAUAAAACUCCACAGUAACUGAGAAGUUUUAUUAUUGGAGAACUAUACAGCACUUCUGUUUGCUUUUUGUUUCUCCAUUUUGUGUUGUUCUUAAAGAAUCCCCCCCCCCUUUGGUCUCUCCAAUCAGAUUUGCUUUCUAUGUUGAGAGUAAAUUAAAGGUCCACGUGUAUAUUCCUCUUAAGGAUCUGACUAUGGACUGGGGUUCUGGGCCUACAGUCUCAUGCUUUCUGUAGCAGAGACCCUUUCACACUGUAUACAGAUAUUCUAAGGGUCUCUGAGGCCUCUGCUAACUACUAUUGCUUGUGAUAUUAGCUUAACUCCCAUGGUAUUGUUACUUUCAUGAUUUAUUGUGAACUUACACCAUCAGUUUUCUUACUGUGAAGGAAAUAGUGGGAAAGGCACACUGUGAGAAGAAUGUCCCAAUGAGUGGCCCUGUGAUUCAAGCCCAGAGCAUGCAUCUAUAUUCUAGGCUUUGUAAUUCAGUUCUCAAACUGGUCUGGGUGUGACUUCAACUGGAACAAGUUCAUUCUGGUAGCCUCUCCUCAGUACAUGGAAAAUAUUGAUUUGGUUCAUUUUUUAAAAAGAAAGACAUGUCUCCAUAGCUACUGGCUAUUAUUAUACUACUAUAGUUUAGGGCAAAUACUUCCUUCAUCAUUUGGUUUGGGAUGUUAACCAAAGACUUAUGUGAUUUUUUUUUUUAAUUUAAAAAAUUGGAAUGUUUUUCUCGCUGGGUCCCAGUGAUUAAUAGUGCUCUGAUUCUCAAGCACAGAUAGAAUUUUUCAAAUGUGUAUUGGUUCAUAUGCUAUAUCUUUAGCACAAGUUUUUUUAGAAAAACAUAGUAUACAUAGUUCCAGUUCAAAAAGUAUUUAUUAUCUUCUAUAAACAGUUGAUUGUGUCGAACUUACUGUAGUUCCAUGCUCUAUAAAUGGCAACACUCUAUUUUGACUUGUCCUUAUUGUGCCAAGGAAAUGCAGCAACCACCCAACCUUAAUAAAUGCUGUAAGCACUGCAAACGUC